CUUCAAAUGUCCUCAUGAUGUUUAGCAACUCAUAUGUUUCUUGAACAUUUGAUACACACAAUUAGAUCAUAAUAUUCACAACUCAUACGUAAAUCUCAGUAUGUGUAUGUUUAUCUAUAUUUAUCAAUUCUCAAUACCAGAUGAUGAAUAAAGUUAGGCUGAGUGAAAGUGAAAAACAAUAAGCAAAUGAAAUAUUGAAAUAGAAAAAUAUUGUCUAUCCCACUAUGUGGGAGCCUUAUUAAAUAUUUGAUAUCUUUUGAAGUGAUCUAAGCAACAAUGUGUUUAUAUAAAUUAAUAAAAUUAUUGCAUUGUUAAGUUUUUACACUUUAUAAGUUUUACUUACAAAUAUAUAUAUAUAUAUAUACAUAUAUAUUGUAAAAUAUAUAUAAAUACAAGACUGUGUUAAAAGAAUUAAAAAAUAUGCAAUAACUAAUACGGAAAAAUAACACAAUGGGAUCUAGAUUGAGGGAGAAUGUUAAACAUUUGUUUGAAUGCUUCUGUGAAGUAGCAGCUCCAGUUGGUGAAAAAUUAGCAUGGAUAUCUUACAAAUAUCCUGAAUCCUUCAAUGAUGAGGAGCUAUUGAAAUCUGUGCCUAAAUUUGCCUAUCCAUGUGAAUUUGAAAAUGUUAUGGUGCAGCAUUUUUCAUUUGUAUUGACAAGUAUCGAUUCAAAGUGGACAUUUGGUUUUUGUCGCCACGAUCCUAAAAAGGAUAGUGCAUUAGUUUUAUUGAGUUCUUUACCAUGGCAUGAAAUGUUCUACAAACUUCUGAAUCAUAUUGCAACACUGAUGAGUAAUAGUGAAGAUCUAAAAAAAUUUCUUAGUAAUGUUUAUGCAAGUAAUAUACCCAUGUCAGGUACAUCGGUUACAAUACCACUACCUGAUCCUAGUAUUACAUAUGUUUGCCAAAGUCCUAGACAAUUUCAGUUACCUAGUAUACCAGAAAACCGAAAUUUGACGGAAUAUUAUAGUGCAGUAGAUUCGCACAAUAUGAUGAUAAUAUUUGCAUCAAUGUUGUAUGAACGACGUAUUAUUUUCACAUCAAAACGAUUAUCAAGGUUGAGUGCCUGUGUUCAAGCUUGCAAUGCUUUGAUAUAUCCAAUGAUUUGGCAACACAUUUACAUACCAGUUUUACCUUUAGCUCUAAUGGAUUAUUUAUUAGCACCAAUGCCAUUCUUAAUUGGCGUACCAGCUCCAAUUUUCCAAAGAGUACAAAAAAAUGACUUAGGUGAUGUAGUUAUACUUGAUGCAGAUAACAAUACUAUUCAGUCACCCUUUCAAGAUUUACAAUCAUUACCACAAGAUGUAGUGAAUAAUUUGAGAAAAGCGUUACGCAAUAGACCAGCUUUAUUGGGUGAUGGAGUAUCUAGAGCAUUUUUACGAGCUUUAGUACAACUUACUGCUGGUUACCGUGAAGCAUUAACACUUCAACAAGGUCAACGUAUUACAUUUGAUCAGAAUGCUUUUGUUGAAAGUCGGCCUUAUUCAAUGCAACCUUUUUUAAGAAAGAUGUUAGAAUUACAAAUUUUUCAGCAAUUUAUAGAGGAAAGACUACAUAUGUUAAAUUCAGGGCUUGGCUUUUCUGAUGAAUUUGAAAUGGAGGCGUGUAAUUAUUCCGAUAAAUCAGGAAGUAAAUUUGUGCAACAAUAUCGUGAAUGGACAUAUGCAAUGAAAAAAGAAGGUUCAGCUUUUUUUCGUAGUGUCAAAGAUAAAGCCAAUCCUGCUAUGAAAUAUGCUGUUAAAUCUGUUAAAGAUAAAGGCAAAGAUAUGAAAACUGCUUAUAAAGGACUGAAGUGGAAAGGUCGAUCGAGAACACAUGAAUCGAAUAACAUGCGAUUUCAUCAACCUCGUUCCGCUCCUAGUUCUCCUACGAUGGAUAAAAAAAUUCAUCAUAUAUUUAGUACAAGCACGAAAUUUCCCAGUGGGUUAACAGCAACUACUAGUUAUAAAAAAGAUUUAGGAUUUUCUAAUAGCCAUGGCUCUGAAACUAGGAAACAAUAUUCUCCUCUUAACUCGAAUUCAACUGAGGAACUUGAUGCUCUUCCGGAGAGAAUAAAUAUAGAUUUAAUGAAUGAACUUCAGGAUGUGAUUUUUUCACAUGACACACCAAUAGAUAAAACUGAAACAUCAGAUGUACAAGAUUUAAUUAGGUUAGAUUAUUCUUCUACAACAAGCAGCGAUGAUGAUUUUGAUCCACUUAUAGCCAAUAAGAAUAAAUCUACAACGAGUUCAAAACAGACAACUCAAUCAUUGCAUAGACCUGAAUUAACUGAAGGCCUAAGUAAUCCACUGUAUCCUUAUUUUUUACUUCACCAGAAUAAUAGUGAACGUAACAAUAGUAGGCAGACUUUUAAAAAUAAUAAUUAUAAAUUAGAUUCUGAUUCAGAUUUACUCCAAGAAUAUGGUUUAGAUUUCGAUAAAUUUAAUUUAACUAAUGGUACAUCAUCUGGUUUAGCUUCCACUUCUAUUGUUACCUCUACUUUUACUCCUUCUUCUUCUUCUUCGUCAACUUCUUACUCUACCUCAACAAAAAUGCCUGGAACGACUGGUAAUAUUAUUGACAAUAAUACUUUUAGUUCAUCUUUCUCUUCCAUAACAGCUAAAUCUCAAAAUCAUUGGACUAAAUUUGAAUAAAAAUUUUUUUGUUUCAUUAGAAGUUACCAUAAUUAUUUUAUAACUUAUCAUUAUUGUAAAUAUGCAUAUAUAAUAGAAAAUUAUCGCUUCGUUA